AUGAGCUCUCAAACUGGAACCGGAACCUCCGAAGUCUCAAAAAAACUGAAGGCAGCGAUUCGCGCGAAGCUGGAAGAACUCGGCGUCUACGUCGAUGAUGAGCUUCCCGAUUACAUCAUGGUCAUGAUUGCAAACAAGAAAGAGAAAGUCCAAAUGAAAGAUGACCUCAAUCUGUUCAUAGGGAAAAGUACUGGGAAGUUCGUUGAUUGGCUUUUCGAUUUGUUCGAUCGUCUCCAGAAUGCGUCCAGCAAACAAGGAGAAACUAGUAAGAAAGAUGAAGAAAAGGAAAAGCAGAAGGAACAAGAAGCGAAAGAACAAGAAGAGAAGCGGCGAAAAGAAAAAGAAGAGCGUGAAAGAGAACAACAAAAAGAAAAAGAACGCGAGCGGGAGAAGGAACGCCAGCGAGAACGCGACCGUGAGAAGCGACUUGAAGAAGAGAAACGUCGAGAAGAGAAACGGAAGGAAUCUCAAAGAACGAAACGUCACCGCACUAGAAGCAGAUCUAACACUUAUUCAGAUGAUGAGCGUGUUCCCGGUAACGAUAGACAUACCCGUAAUAGACGAGCACGAUCUGGUGAGCGUAAAAAGAUCAGCGCUAUUGACGGUCGUCGAGAGUCAGCCAGUCCAGAAAAGAAACUUCAAUCACAAGUUACAGUCAAAAGAAAUAUUCGACCGACUGGAGAUACAAACGUCAAACGCCGUGGUACAAUGUUUCUCCGUGCAAUGAAUGAAGCCAGUGUCAGUGCUGGUUACGGAUCUUCGAGAAAGGAAUCUCGUGACGAUGCUCACGACGAAGACGACAUGUCAGAUGUUGAAGCUCUUCCAUCCAAAUCAAGCAAGCCAUCCUCAUCACCGAAAAAGAGCAUCCGUGAAAGAUUGAGCAGAGUUAACAAAGGAGUCAUUGAACCAAUUGACGAUGACGCUGUUGUGCUGGGAAAUCAACCACAGAGUGGCGGUCCUCAAAUGAUAUUGAAGCUGUCCGGUGGGAAAGAAGCUAUCAAAAAGACUAGAAUUCAAGACAGAAUUGUCGUCGUUGAUGAUAGUAUGCGUAGAGGACUUUUGAAGAGAAGAAUCGAGACUCCUGGAGUUUCCGAAGAACCGAAAUCGAAGCAUGAAAGAAUAAAGUUCGAUGUUGCUCAAUCUCGAGAUUCUACUCCUACAGAUGACUCACCGACAAUGCAGAAAUGGAAUGGACAAAUCAGACUUGGCGAAGAUUCGGAAUCGGAAGACGAAGAAGCUGAAAUCGAUGCAUUUGUUGCUGAAGCAAGAGGAAUUGUUAGAAAAGACAGCUUUAUGGAGGAAGAUGAUGUUCCACCAACUCAUCAACUUUCUGGAGCCGCUUAUCCGAUUCACAUCACUGAUGGCUACCCAUCCACUAUCCCCUCAUACAUUCCAACUCCAUUGAGCGUUUUGAACGAACAGCAGAACCAGAUGGGCGGAACAAGAGAUCAUACCAAAGAGCGUUGCGUUUUCUGGCCGAAGUGCACGAAAGGAGAAUCCUGUCAAUUCAUGCAUCCAUCAACUCCGUGCAAAAACUUCCCAAAUUGUACUUUCGGAACCCGUUGUCUUUUCAUUCAUCCACCAUGUCGUUUUGAUCGUUUCUGCACCAAAAAACACUGUCCAUUCACCCAUCAAGGCACUGGAGGAUAUCAACCUGGAUCAGGAUCUGCUCCUGAAUUCAAAAAUCCUCUGACCUCCAAUAGAAUCCCACCGACGACUACCGUUGUUGCUCCUUCUGAAGAACCGCCGAAACCACUUGUCCGUGGAACUCUCGGAUCGCUUGCUGAAAAGCUGGCUGCUUCAAUCAAGAAAAAACCUGCAACGGCUAUUCUGACCGAGAAGAAAGAAGAAAAGAGUGAUGAGAAUGAGACAGCAACGACGAGCAAUGAAGUCUCACCCAAAGAGAAGGAAGGGUCACUAAGUCCACCAACCUCUGCUCCUACAAGAUCUUUACCAGAGUUUGCUCCACUUCAAAACAUGAUCCCUUGCCGGUAUGCUGGUGGCUGCCGCAAUCCAGUUUGUCACUUCAAGCAUCCGAAGGAAUGCCGAUUCGGUGCUACUUGCCACAACCCCUCCUGCUACUAUUAUCACAAACCAACCAAUGCCUCUUCUGCUCCCAUUGUAAAUCCAACCCCGGUGGCUGAUUCGAGCGCCGCCAAGUACAAAUGGACCGCUACCGCCAACUAG